UUGUAGUUGAGUAAUCAAUCCGAAGAGGAAGAAGAAGGAGGGAGCAAAUUUUGAAAAAAAAAAAAAUGGGGGAGGUGGAUAUGCAGAGAGUGAAGCUGGGAAGCCACGGUUUGGAGGUAUCAAAACUAGGGUAUGGCUGCAUGGGGCUUACUGGAAUCUACAAUUCUCCUGUCUCUGAAGAGGAUGGCAUUGCAAUAAUAAAGUACGCAUACAGUAGAGGGAUCACAUUCUUUGAUACCUCAGAUAUUUACGGUGUUGACCAUGCAAAUGAAAUAUUGGUGGGAAAGGCACUAAAGCAGCUGCCUCGGGAAAAGAUCGAAUUAGCCACAAAAUUUGGUAUUGCCAAAAUUGAACCUACCCAAGUUGUGGUGAAAGGCACCCCUGAAUAUGUUCGCUCCUGUUGCGAGGCGAGCCUGAGGCGCCUUGGUGUGGACUACAUUGAUCUCUACUAUGUACACCGGAUUGACACAUCAGUACCUAUAGAGGAAACCAUGGGGGAACUUAAGAAGUUGUUGGAAGAGGGUAAAAUAAAGUUCAUUGGAUUAUCUGAAGCAAACCCAAACACAAUAAGGAGGGCACAUGCUGUUCAUCCUAUCACUGCUGUACAAAUGGAGUAUUCUCUUUUUACUCGCGACAUUGAGGAAGAAAUAAUCCCAGUUUGCAGGGAACUUGGAAUUGGUAUAGUUCCAUAUGCUCCAACUGCUCGUGGGUUUUUUGGAGGAAAGGCAGCUGUGGAAAGUGUACCUGCAAAUAGUUUCUUGGAAUCACAUCCUAGGUUUACAGGACUGAAUCUAGAGCAGAACAAGAUCUUUUAUACUCGAAUAGAAGCAUUAGCUAAAAAGCAUGGAUGCUCCCCUAUCCAACUUGCGCUUACUUGGGUUCUUCAUCAAGGGGAUGGCGUGGUACCUAUUCCAGGAACGACCAAGAUAAAAAAUCUUGAUGAGAAUAUUGGUGCAGUGAGAGUGAAGCUCGAUGAGGAUGGUCUAAAGGAGAUUUCUGAUGCAGUGCCUGUCAAUGAGGUGGCAGGGAUUAGAACACAUGGAAGUUUUUACAAUGUCUCGUAUAAGUUUUCAGAUACGCCACUGCCAAAGGAUGCCAAGUGAUCUGCUGGUGGAAUAUUUGAUGUUGUUUUUGUGUUGUGCUGUCUUGUGUUUGUUGCUAUUGGAUGUCGCCUUUAAUUAGAAGAUUGUGAUGUGACGUUUUUUGUUACCAAUUAAUUGUAUAAUGCAAUAUUGACGCAGCGGAACAUACGGAGACUAGAUAUCGUUCUAGUAGAUGAAAGGGGCUCUCGAAUCCACGAGAAAAAUAGAACCUUGAAUCUACAAGGAAGAGAAAUAUUAUUGAAUGAAUGAAUAAAAGUUGUAUU